AUGCUGCGCUCGACGGGACACGCUGCACGCUCGCUGGGCUCACCAGCACCCGCGCUCACCCGCCGCACCGCUGCCUCGCUCCCCGCCCGCCUCCCCACCUCGUCCAUCCCACUCGCAACUCGCUCCGGCCCGUCCGCCCUCGCCAACCGCAAUGCCAGCCGCUUCGCGCUCCCCGCUGGCCUGCGCACAUUCUCUACCACUCCCCGCGCGAGACAAGCCGAGCCCGUAGACCAGGAGCUCGACUUUGAGGGCGUCGAGCGCGUCCAGGACGAGGUCGAUGUCUGCAUCGUCGGCGGCGGACCGGCAGGUUUGAGCGCCGCCAUCCAGCUGAUGAAGACGGCGCAGGAGAAGGGGGAGGAGAUCAGGGUCGUCGUCCUCGAAAAGGGCGCAGAGGUCGGAGCGCACAUCCUCUCUGGAGCCGUCAUCGAGCCUCGAGCGCUGGACGAACUCAUCCCCGACUGGAAGGAGAAGGGCGCGCCUUUGAACCAGGAGGCGCUGUCCGACUCGAUGCGAUGGCUCACUCCGACCGGCUCGUUCGCGAUGCCGCACCCGCCGCAGAUGUCCAACAAGGGCAACUACAUCAUCUCGCUCUCCAAGCUCACCCGCUGGCUCGGCGAGCAGGCGGAGGAACUCGGCGUCGAGAUCUACCCUGGCUUUGCCGGCGCAAAGAUCCUCUACACUGAGGACGGGACGGGCGUCCGAGGCGUCCAGACGAACGACAUCGGCCUCGACAAGAACUUCAAGCCCAAGGACUCGUUCGAGCCCGGCAUGGAGUUCCUCGCGAAAGUCACGAUCCUCGCGGAGGGUUGCCACGGCAGCUUGUCGAAGCAGGUGCAGGGCAAGUUCAACCUCCGCGAGGGCAAGGACCCGCAGACGUACGGCUUGGGCGUCAAGGAGGUGUGGAAGGUCAAGCCCGAGAAGCACGAGCCGGGCAAGGUCCAGCACACGCUCGGAUGGCCGCUCGACAACUCGACGUACGGAGGCACGUGGCUCUAUCACAUGGAGGACGAGAUGGUCUCGCUCGGUAUCGUCGUCGGACUCGACUAUAAGAACCCGUACAUCUCGCCGUACAAGGAGUUGCAGCGUCUCAAGCACCACCCGCUCUUUGCCGACCUGCUCGAGGGCGGCGAGUGCAUCGCGUACGGCGCGCGUGCGCUGAACGAGGGCGGCUACCAGUCGAUUCCCAAGCUUACCUUCCCGGGCGGCGCCAUGAUCGGCGACUCGGCGGGCUUCCUCAACGUGCCCAAGAUCAAGGGCACGCACACCUCGAUGAAGUCGGGCAUGCUCGCCGCCGAAGCCGCCUUCAACGCCAUCACCUCUUCUCGCGCCUCCGAGUCUGACGCGUCCUCCGAAACCGCGCUCGACGUCUCCGAGUACGAGAAGCUGUUCGAAGAGUCGUGGGUUGCGAAGGAGCUGAAGGAGGUUCGCAACUUGCGGCCGAGCUUCCAUACCUCGCUGGGCAACUUUGGAGGGAUCAUCUACUCCGGCAUCGACUCGUUGUUGCUCAAGGGCCGCGUGCCUUGGACGUUCCACCACCCCGAGGAGGACUACGCCGCGACUCUGCCCGCGAGGCAGUUCAAGGAGAUCGACUACCCCAAGCCUGACGGCAAACUCUCCUUCGACAUCCUCGAAAGCGUCAGCCGCACCAACACCUACCACGCCGAAGACCAGCCCGUGCACCUGCACAUCGAGCCCUCUGCGCGCGCCGCGCACGUCAAGACCAACGUCAAGCAGUACGCGGGCUUGCUUGGACGGGUCUGUCCGGCGGCGGUCUAUGAGUAUGUGGAUGCGGAGGGGAAGGAGGAGGAGGCCGAGGGGAAGAGGCUCGUCAUCAACUCGCAGAAUUGCAUCCACUGCAAGACUUGCUCGAUCAAGGUCCCGACCCAGGACAUCCAAUGGCGGGUGCCGCAAGGGGGAGAUGGGCCCAAAUAUGAGAUGACCUGA